AUGGACAUGGUGAACGGCUUCCAGAUGAAGAUGGACAUGGAGAUGUAUGGCUCAACGAACGUGACAAUGGGCACGAUGUACGACUGGAUGGAGUGCUUCUCGGCCAUCAAGAGCAUGUCGGCCAUGCUGAACCCGGAGCAAGACGUCUACGACAGCAAUGGCUACACCACGAACAAGCACUGGGUCUCUGGCCCCAACCACGUUUUCAAGAAAAUCUUGGAUGCCAUGUACAUGGGCGAGUACAUGGACAUGUACGACUCCUUCUUCCUCAUGGAGAUGGAUGCGGUCCCCAUCAAGGACAACUGGCUCGACCAGUUCGAGAUGGAGGCACAUGAAGUUCAUGACAACGACCAGGCGGUACGUGGCAGCCAGUACCUAGGCGACAAGUGGGACCUGUUCAAGCACAUGAUGCCAGUGUACUUGGUCGAGCACAUCAACGGCAAUGCCAUCUACAACCUGAAGAACAGCUGGACCAAGUACCUCUACCAGGCCUUCACCAUGGCCGGGGAUGCGAGCAUGAUGGAAGAGAUGGCCUUCGACGUGGCCUUCGCCAUGAUGACCAUGGCAGCGGAGUCCGGGGAUCCGAUGUAUGCUGCCAACUGGACGGGUAACAACAUGACCUACAACACGCACACGAUGUUGGUGGGAAACUACGCCAACACCCUCCUGAACACGAGCUUCGAGUUCGGCAGCUACAUCCGCCACGGCUCGAGCAAGAAUCUCUUCGAGAACUUGGAUGACGACGAGGUCACCUUGGGAGUGGCAUAUUUCGAUCAUCAGGGCCACUUCAUGGAGACUGUGCCCACUCACCACCCCUUCAAGAAGAUCCUGGGCAUCACCUACUUCGACCAGCCGAACAGCACGAUGACCAUCAGUGCUCCUGGAGGUGAUGUCACAAUGAUGAUGCAGCCGGCCAUGUAUGAGCCCUACUACCAUCUCUGUGAGAUUGCCAAGCUGGUGGACACCGAGUGGUUCGCGCUGACAGACAACUACCACAUUGUGAAGGCUCCCGUGAGCGUCCUCAUGGACGACGAUGACAAGCCGGUGCUGCCCUAUGUGCUGAAGGACUCCAAGUACUGCGGCGAGCGUCCCAACUGCAAGGCCUCUAUGGAGCAGGCAGAAGAUUUGUUCAGCAUCAACUUGAACUAUCACCACGACAAGUACGAGGUGCUGUACAAGACGUCGGAUGCCAAAAUGUUCUGCGACGCUUGGGACACGGCCACCGAGGGAAAAGGCUGGGGCAACUGCAGCCUGGCUUUCGGCCCCACCGCCGAUGACUACAUUGCUUGGAAGAUCAGCUCGCCAAAUUACAACAUCGCUGAUGAGUUCACCCCAAAGGACAAGACGCGCUACGGCUGGCGAGCCUGGACCAGCUUGUGGAACCCGGCCCCGGUGGAUGACCGGAACUGCGACACCACGCUCUACGGCGUGAAGGAGCCGG